AUGAACACUUGUAUUGCUUUCCAUAAAAAAAAAAAAAAAUUACUUAUUUAUCCAAUACACAUAUUGAACUAUGUAUAUAAUUAUAACAGGCUGUUUUGUUGUCACCUUGUUAACUUACCGUUAUAUAAAAAAAGGAGCCAUUUGAAAAAUGAAAAGGAUAAUUUAAAAAGAUAUAAAAAUUAUGAAACACAUUUAAAAUGCCUAAAUUAUUAUUUUCUUACUCAUACGAACACAUUUUACAAUAUAAGAAAAAAAUUUACAACUUUUAUUAAUGAAAGACAAAACCAUAUAGAAAAUAUUAAAAAUAAUAUACAAUCAAACCAUAAGAAGGAAAAUGACAUCUUAACUAAUAAUAUUAUUAAUAAUAACAAUAUAUAUAAGAACAAUUCACAUAAAAUACAUGGUUUAUUAAAUAAACAAAUAGCACAAAUUAAAAAUUCAACUCAUACACAUCCAAGAAGUUACAAUUUUGAUCCAUGUACAAAAACAAAAAAAAUCCAAGUUUAUUAUAAUUGUGAAAUGAAUGAUAUAAUUAGAAAAAUAAAUUAUAUUAAAAAGUUUUUAUCAGCUGGAUCACCUGUAGAUAUUUUUCUAAUAUACAACACAGAUGAUCAUAUCAAAACUACAAACAUAAAAAUGAAAAAACAAACAAAAAUAAGUAAAAAUAAAAUAUCUAAUAUUGCGGACGAACAACAAGAAGAACAACAUAACCAUUAUGAUAGACAAAUUUUUAAAAAUUACGAAUCCAACAAAAUCACCAAAUUUUUACACACACAAAAAUUAAAUGAAACAAAAUAUUCCUUACAUUUAUAUAUCAAAAUUAAUUUUAUAUUAAAUCAUAUUAGAAAUAUAUCAAUAGUUGAUGAAAUCUUUAGACACAUUCAAAAUAAAAAUCAUAUCAUUUUAAUAAAAGCAUAUCCAAAAUGA